AUGAGUCACAAUCGCCCACUCGUCUUCCUCACUGUCCUACUCCUUGUUUGGGUUGGACACACGCCAACUUUGCUCAAGGCAUCUAAAAUCUCGACCCUCCCUAAAGGAGGUGACGCCAGACCCCAACAUGCAGAUGGUAGCAAAAACAACGCCGCCAACAACACUCCACCGGAUGCUAGCCUUCCGGCCUCCAGACCUACAAUUCCAGCCGCUGGGCCGGUCAGCGAUCAGAUUCAGAAGCCUACGUCCACACCUGCUGUCACCCCUUCUCUAAAGGGAGGCUUGACGACGAAAAUCGAGCCUGUCGCGGCCAAGAUGGCGGUCGAUGGCCGGGCCAGACAGCAAAAUCGCCUAGGCAACGACAUUGCAUCUGAGGGCAGGGAUCAAGCCGGUUCGUCUGGGGAGGCUCAGUCGAGUGGUGAAGAGGAGCACGACAACGAGAAAGGCUGGACCGUCGUGUCGGAAGAGGAGAUCCGUUCCCUGAUGGCGCGUCUGCAACAGCAAGCAGAACUAAUGAAAAGCGGCACCUCCAGCGAAGGUGCAUCGCAAGGACAGACUUCGCCUAUUGACAACACCGUCAAGGAGACGACAAAGUUGAUUCGGAGCAAAAGACUUUUGGCCCUGCCUGGCGAAGUCACCGAGGGGCCAGAGACAAAGAGCAGGUCCCAGAAAGCAGAUACUACUUUGAAGACAGGAGACAGGAAGCUGGAAAAGUAG